AAGCCCACGGAGGUGAGGCGAGCAAUAAAACGCACACCCACCAUGCAGAAAGGCAGCGAGGAGGCCAGCCGGCAACCGCCUCCGUCGCUGGCUACUACCCCAGCCCUUGCACCCUCCCUCUCCCACACGUGCACCGAACAGUUUUCCAUGGAGAAGACCACGACGACGGCGCCUAGGAAGAAAAGCAGGGGCGCGCAGACAUGGCCGGCGGCGGCCGUGGCUGCGCUGUUCUUGUUCUUUGCGGUAGCGGCCGCCGGUCCUGCGGCGGCGCUGCGAAGGGUCCUGGUGGACACGGACAUGGACACCGACGACGUGCUCGCGCUGCUGUACAUCCUCAAGCACAACCGGUCCGAGUUCGACGUCAAGGCCAUUACCAUCAACGCGAACGAGUGGAGCGACGCCGGGCACGCCGUCAACCAUCUCUACGACAUCCUCUACAUGAUGGGCCGCGAUGACAUCCCGGUCGGCGUCGGCGGCGACGGCGGGAUAUCGGACACCGGCGACGUACACCACAAUGUCGGCGGCUACCUGCCAUUGAUCGACCAGGGCAUGUCGACGGCCGGCGGCUGCCGGUACCGGCAGGCCAUCCCCCCGGGGCGCGGCGGGCGGCUGGACAUCGACACGAACUCGGGGCUCAGGAGGGGCUUCCUCCCGCAGGGGAGCCGGGGGUACAGGCCGCUCCGGCAGCCCACGGCGCAGCAGGUGAUGGCGGACGCGCUCUCCGCCGGCCCGACCACGGUGCUCCUCCUGGGCGCGCACACGAACCUCGCCGUCCUCCUCAUGACGCGCCCCAACCUGAAGCGGAACGUGGAGCACGUCUACGUCUCCGGCGGCGCCGUGAGGACAGAGGGCAACCUGUUCACUGCCCAGGACACCAACCCGUUCGCCGAGUUCAACAUAUUCGGCGACCCCUUCGCCGCCUACCAGGUGCUUCACUCCGGCAUUCCCAUCACGAUGGUCCCUCUCGACGCGACGAACACGAUCCCGGUGACGGAGGAGUUCUUCUCCGAGUUCCGGCGGCAUCAGAGCACGUACGAGGCGCAGUACUGCUUCCAGUCGCUAGACAAGGUCCUGGCGCGGCUGAGGAGACGGUCCGGCGGCGAUGGCAACACGGGCUACUACAUGUGGGACUCCUUCGCUGCCGGUGUGGCUCUCUCCAGCAUGCGCCAUGGCGAGACAGACGGCCGGAAUGAAUUUGCCGAGUUUGAAUACAUAAAUAUCACGGUGGUAACCUCCAACAAACCUUACGGUGUGCGUGACGGCUCGAACCCGUUUUUCGAUGGCCGUGCAGCUCCCAAGUUUGGUCUGCGGGAGGGUGGAGUUCACAGUGGUCAUGUUCAGAGUGGUAUCAGAGAUGUGUUCUGCCUGGUGCCGGGAAGCAACAGAGGAAGAUGUGAGGAUGGAUACACUAAGGAAGUGUCUGGUCCAGAAGCAGUCCGGGUACGGGUCGCGACGAGUGCGAAGCUUAACGUGGAUAAAAGAAGCUCACUAGAUAGGGAAUUUUUCAAGAGCUUCCUAGAGGUUCUAAAUCUGCCUGAAAACACUGGCCGUUUCAACGUAAGUACACAGUUUCCAUACUACAGAGAAGUUCUCUACAAGCCGGAUUUCAGAAAUGUAAGACGGGGGUUGCCAGUCAUUUUUGACAUGGACAUGAGCCCUGGAGAUUUUGUUUCCCUCAUAUACCUCCUGAAGGAACCAAGAGAAGUACUAGAUCUAAAGGCUGUUUUGGUCAGUGGCAAUGGCUGGGCUAAUAUCGCGAGCAUUGAUAUCGUUUACGACAUUCUACAUAUGAUGGGCCGCGACGACAUUCCAGUCGGUCUUGGCAAUACUACUGCAUUUGGAACUCUAACCCUUGGUUGCAACAAUUCUUAUGCUAUCCCGCAUGGCAGUGGUGGAUUUGUUGAUUCAGACACUCUGUAUGGACUGGCCCGGUCAUUGCCAAGAAGUCCUAGAAGAUAUACUUCUGAAAGUUCAGAUCAUCUGGAACGCCGGCAGCCACUUGUUUUUGAAGUUUGGCAGUCUGUCAGGAAGCAACUUGGUCCAGGUGAGAAGAUUACUGUUCUUACCAAUGGACCACUCACCAAUUUGGCCAACAUUUCACUAUCUGACAUGGAUGCAAGCUCUGUGAUAGAGAGAGUUUAUGUCGUCGGCGGAUUUAUCAGAGAUAGAGGUGAUGAGAAGGGAAAUGUUUUCACUGUUCCAUCGAACAAAUAUGCAGAGUUCAACAUGUUUCUUGAUCCCCUGGCUGCAAAAACAGUUCUGGAAUCCAGUCUGAAUAUCACACUCAUUCCUCUUUCUGCGCAACGAAAGGUUGCCUCAUUUGAGGGUUUCCUUGGAGCUUUGGAGCAAUGCGCCCAGCAUACUCCCGAAUCAAGGUUUGUCCAUGGUUUGCUCUCGUUGCUGCAGGAACUUCAGAGGAAAGAGAAAUUGUAUCACCAUAUGGAUAUAUUUCUGGGAGAAGUUCUUGGUGCAGUUUACAUGGUCCAAGGAAUUGACUUGGAACCCUCAGUGAAAGUGAAGCCAAUAAGCAUUGUUGCAAACACAACCAAGAGCACAGAUGGGCAAAUUGUGGUCAGCAGGAAGAGCGCAAAGCUAUUAAAUAUAUUAAGCAAUUUGAACAGUGGAAUAUAUUACAAAAGAUUGGCAAAUUCUUUAGCAAACAAGAAGCAAUCUGCCGUUGUUGGGAGCUUCGAAGAACAAAAGGCAAUUUGGAGCAGGCCGCCAAAAUAAUUCGGGGCCUGCCGGCCUAGACAUAACAAAGUAUAGGAUUUUUUUUGGGGUAGCAAUGCUGCUGGAAAAAGAUUAAUGAUUAGACACCAAAGGUCAAAAGAGAGUACAUCAUAGUUCAUCAUCUUAGCUUACAAAAGUAGGAAGAGAUACUCAAAAGUUACAAUUGUAUGAAAGGGCAUUAAUACAGUGAAAUUUAAUUUCUCCAGAUCUGUUUCACUUA